AUCAAAACUGUAAACCCAGACAAAACACCACCACCAUAUCAUCUCUGUUGCUCUCUCUCGCUAUUUUCUCUCUCAAAUCAUAGUACUCCUAAUUGGCAAUUGCUGAUCUCCGCAGCUACAAAUUUUCAUUUGGUGAUUGAUCAAGUAUCGCAGUUCUCCAUGAUUGGCCGGAUGAUUAUCGCUGCGCUAUAUUGAAUCGAGUUCGGCGAAUGUCAAACCCUAAUAUAACUCUCCCGAUUGCGUCAGGGCAGAACAUUACGGAUUCUCCGGUGCGGACCAAAAUCGUGAGAAUUUCUGAAUGGUACAGCUCGCAAAGCGAGGGAUGCAACAGUUUCUGGCGUGAAGCGGCCCUGGUUGUACCCUCAGUUUUGUUGGUGUUGUACUUAGGGUUCCAGGCGAGGCGCAAUGUGAAGAAGCUGCGCCACCGGAAGUCUUACGUCAUGAUUGCGUACUAUACGCUCCUAUGGCUGUCGGCGCUUUUAAAUUUGGCGUGGGCUCUUCUUCAGGGAUGGGAAUGUGAUCCUGAGAAGGGAACUGCUUGGAACCUCUUGUCGUUACUCACAGAAUGUGGAAUGCUGUCUCUGGAAAUUAGCAUAGUGGCAUUCCUGCUUCAGGAGAAUUAUGCUAAUGGAUUGGAAGCGCUAGCACACACUUUCCUGGUUUCAGGUUCCUUUGUUGCCGUCGAUGUGCUUAUCCAGGCUAUCUUCAUAUUUGGAUUUGGGGUGCCCUUAUUCACUAACGCUGAUACUGCACAUUGGGGAAAGUGGACUCUACUGUUUGUUCAUACUUUGGUCCUGACUGCAGUCUACUGCUACAUACUAUUUGUUCACUACUCAAAGUGGAGGGAUAAGUUGCCACCUAGGCCAUCAUUCUACAACUAUGUAGUGACCAUGUUUGUAGUAAAUGUUUUGGGAUUGUGUGCUAGUGGACUGUCCGGAAUUGGUUUUGGCGUUGGAUUUUGGUUGUAUAAUCUUAUAGUGAUCUCCCGGCACUCUCUUUAUCUUCCCUUCCUUUAUGUAACAUUCCUGGCUGACUUUUUCCAGGAGGAAGACUGGCUCUUGGACAAUGCGUAUUACUCAGAGAUGAAAGAUGCUGGUUUUUUUGAUACCGAGUGGGACUAGUGGAUGUAUUUUCGAUGCAGAUAUCAAAAGGCUACACUAGGUCUGUAAAUAAUUUCCAGUUGACACUGCAUCUUUCAAUGCAGCUUCGGUGCAAACUGUUGACACUGUGGUAGAAUUGUAAAUGAUUGUAACAACUAUAAAAAUUGGGAUAUGAUUCUCAAUAUCAACAGGUAUUUUUAGUUAUUGUUUUGAUCUCAUUAUUAACGAGUAGGAUGUUCUAGAUAUGUGGUGUAAGAUUUAAGAUUUGAGAAAUAUUAAAAUGUGUUGUUAUGCCCUGUA